AGUCUAUCGUUGAUUGUCUGUCCCGCCAUAGUGUCGUUACUUCUGUCACACUGGAACUUUUUGAAGCUUAUUUUUCAAUCCAAUUCUUACGUUAUACUAUCACAAUUAGAAAUCGUUCUUCAAUUUCAAAAAUAGUACUAGCAAAUGCACACCACCCACGAGAAUUAGCAAAACGUACCUCGAAAUCAAGAACACCGACAAGAAAAGAAAAAUUACAAUACGCAGAACUAUUUUCCGUCAAUUAUUUCCGAAAUUUUUUUAAUUUUGUGAGCGCCGGUCUAAUUUUGCCUUCCCGACUCGAUCCAGCCGGAAGAGCUCUCUCGCGCGCGCGUAAAGGGCUCAGCUGGACGAACGACAGCUCGGCUCACGGCGACGACAGAAGGCUCUCACAACCUGCCAAAAUGGCGACUCGAACCUCCUACUGCUUCGCCGGACCGAUCACUCCUGACAGCCAAUCCUACUCACUCUCCGCAAACACGGCCUACUAUCUCUGACGUCAUACCACUUUAAUCAAAUCAAGUUUUGUUACAAUAAUACAAAUUUUUCCGAAAAAAUCUUUUUAAUUUUAAACUGAUAGUUUUAUCAAAAAUUAUAAUUGACUUGUUUUUAAUUAUAUUAUUAUUUUUAAUAUUAUAUGGUUUAAUAUUAUUAUAUGAUUUAAUGUAUAUUUAAAACAAAAUAAUUUAUUAAAUAAUUAUUUCAUAAUUUUUAUAAUUUUAAGAAAUAUUAAAGAAAAAAUAUAAGAAGAAUAUAUACUCUUAUUUAGAAUAUCGAUCGAAAAGGCAGUCUCCAUAAUAAGUUUAAAAUCGAUAAUAACGGUUCAAUCUCUGCGCACGCAUAUUCGUUACGAACUAAUGUUGGUACGAAUACAUUGUGACACAUGACAUAUAAUAUAAAAAAAAUUAAAAGAUCGAAUUGACUUAAGUCGGUUCUAGUAAAAAAUUUAUCUUAAAAAUGCCUGUUAGUAGUAAAGUAUCUCUUAUAUUGUCAUCAAUUUUGACAGUUCUUAUAUUUUCGGGAAUGCAAAUAUAUAAAGUUUGGUUAGCCUCAUCACAAGUUUAUACAAUAUUAGGAGGAUAUAUUGGAUCGAUACUAUUUAUGUGCGUGUUAACUGCAAUAGGAAACUUGGAAUCAACAAUAUUUGGAAAAUCUUUUCAACAAAAAUUAUUUCCAGAAGUUAUUUUUUCACUAAUGAUUAGUUUAAUUGCAUCAGCUUUGGUACAUCGUGUAGCAACUACAACAUGUUUUAUAUUUUCUAUGAUUGCAUUAUAUUAUAUCAAUAGAAUUUCUCAAGAAACAUAUGCUCUACCAGUACCUCCAAUAUCAAUUCAUAUAAAGAAGAGAAAAUAAAAAUAUGAAAAUCUGUGAUGUUUUACAAUACUUCAAAAAUGUUGAAUUAUUCUUAAAAUUAUUUUAAACUUUAUGUAAAAUUAUUUUGUCUUAUAAUACAUAUAAUAUAUAAUUAA